GGCCGCUGAUUUCACUCAAUUCCGAGUUACGGUUUGAGAGAUACGCCAUCUCGAAGUUGAUAACACAGUCCUGGCCGGAUUCUGUCUACCUUGCUGAGUUUGUCUCCAAAGAGGUAGAAAACAUUUUUCAAUGGCUCUGAAAUUUUGAUAUGUCUUUAAAGACUUCAAUAUCUAACUCCGGGAAUUGGAAUUACAUCUUUCCAAUAUCUGGUUGUUGAGAUAUGGAUGUCCAAAGAUACCUCAAAAAUCCGGAGAUCAUCUACGCCAAUGAGGUUAUAUUGCAAGGGCCAACUCAACGGUGCUACAAGUGUUGUGGCUAUGGUCAUAUCUACUGGAUAUGCCCAAAUGAACAUGCCGUACCGUAUGAAGAAUGGGCCAUGAUUAAUGAAGAAGCUUCACGUGCAGAAGUUUUGAUUGAAGAAAUAAUUUGUGAAGAGGAGAAGAAAAGCUUCAACGACCAGCUUGUCAUUGUUGAAGACGUCUCAGAUUUUCAAGUCAAAAAUGAAAAUGACGUCUUCGUUGAAGAACCAGAUUCCGAGGUUGUUAUGGAGGAAACUACACCGGAUGUUAUAUAUUCUAAGGAAUUAAAUUCCACAGAGUAUUAUCGUCCAAUUGGUGAAGAAGAAACUUAUUUCAUCUUUGAAGGACAUGUGAAGCAG